CAGACCGUCGCUGCGGUCCCUCACAGCGGACACGCAUCCACAUCAUCCCCCGCGUCCUCGGCUCCUGCUGUGCGGCUCUGAGCUGGAGGCUGAACGGUCUGGAGAAGGCUACGGCGGUGCGGCCAUCUGCGGACAUGAGGACACCUGAUACGGCGGCUUCUUGCGAAAGGCGGACCGGGAACCGCGUCGAUUUUCGCCGAGCAAAAGAAUCGUCAUGACCCUUUUCCUGCAGACCAGUCACUCUUUGUCUGAGGGACCUUGACCCGUUUUGGUUUCUGGACUUAUCAACGCAGGGAUGAGAUAAUAAAGUCAACCAGCUGGUGCAUGCUGCUACAACAACUCUUGCGGCCCUUAUAAACCCACCUCACCCUGCCUCCAGCCCCUCCCUGACGGAAAUUAAUUUCAACAGUCGAAACAUGACAACACCGGCUCUCCUGCCGCUGUCGGGCCGCAGGAUACCCACUCUGUCACCGGGUGCCUCCUCCUUUCCGCACCAUAGAGCUACGCUGAGGCUCUCCGAGAAGUUCAUCCUCCUCCUCAUUCUCAGUGCCUUCAUCACCCUAUGUUUUGGGGCCUUCUUCUUCCUCCCGGACAAUUCCAAACACAAGCGCUUCGACCUGGGCUUGGAGGAUGUGCUCAUCCCUCAUAUUGACUCGCCCAAAGAGGGGAAGCAUGUGUCUGGACAAGUGGUUAUACAUGGAGAGGGAGGACAUGACGAGCACAGGCAUAGGGAGGAGGAGGAGAGCCUGCGGGACAAGAUACGGGCAGACCACGAGCGAGCGCUGCAGGAGGCAAAGGAGAAGCUAAGGAAGUCACGUGAGGAGCUGCAUGCUGAGAUCCAGACAGAGAAAAACAAAGUGAUGGAGGACCUGAAAAAGAAGGAUCAAGGGCCUAAACCUUUGCCACCUGUCCCGAUGCCAAAAGUGGUGGGUGUCAGUGACGGAGAACCACCAGAGCCUGAUGUCAAAGAGAAACGAGACAAGAUCAGAGAGAUGAUGAAACAUGCGUGGGACAGCUACAGACAGUACGGCUGGGGUCAUAACGAGCUGAAGCCACUCGCCAAGAAGGGACAUUCCACUAAUAUCUUUGGUAAUUCCCAACUAGGGGCGACCAUUGUGGAUGCCUUAGACACUCUGUACAUCAUGGGUCUGCACGAUGAGUUCAAAGACGGACAGGAGUGGAUUGAACAGAACCUGGACUUUGGUGUGAAUUCUGAGGUCUCAGUGUUUGAGGUCAACAUUCGUUUCAUAGGAGGACUGCUGGCCGCCUACUACCUCUCUGGACAGGAAGUUUUCAAGCUUAAGGCGGUCCAGUUAGCCGAGAAGCUGCUCCCUGCCUUUAACACUCCCACAGGAAUCCCCUGGGCCAUGGUCAACCUGAAGAGUGGCGUUGGUCGUAACUGGGGUUGGGCGUCAGCAGGAAGCAGCAUCCUGGCUGAGUUUGGGACUCUUCAUAUGGAGUUUGUUCACCUCACGUAUCUGACAGGGAACCCUGCCUACUACCAGAAGGUGAUGCACAUUCGGAAGCUGCUCGCCAAAAUGGAUCGACCCAACGGGCUCUACCCCAACUACCUGAACCCCCGUACGGGCCGCUGGGGUCAACAUCACACCUCAGUUGGAGGACUAGGGGACAGUUUUUACGAAUACCUGCUGAAGGCAUGGCUCAUGUCAGACAAGACGGAUACAGAGGCCCGAAAGACGUAUGAUGACGCCAUCGAGGCCAUCGAACGCCACCUGAUACGCAAAUCCAACGGCGGUCUGACCUUCAUUGGUGAGUGGAAGAACGGCCACCUGGAGAGAAAGAUGGGCCACCUGGCGUGCUUCGCCGGCGGCAUGUUUGCGUUGGGCGCUGAUGGUUCACCCGACGACAAGGCAGGGCACUACCUGCAGCUGGGAGCCGAGAUCGCGCACACCUGCCACGAGUCCUACGACAGGACGGUGCUGAAGCUCGGCCCGGAGGCCUUUAAGUUCGACAGCGGGCUUGAGGCGGUGGCAGUGCGCCAGAAUGAGAAGUACUACAUUCUGCGACCGGAGGUCAUCGAGACCUACUGGUACAUGUGGAGGUUUACCCACGAUCCCAAAUACCGGCAGUGGGGCUGGGAGGCAGCACAGGCCAUUGAUAAGUACUGCAGGGUGAGCGGAGGUUUCUCCGGAGUGAAGGACGUCUACUCCUCCAACCCGACCUACGACGACGUGCAGCAGAGCUUCUUCCUCGCAGAGACGCUCAAGUACCUGUACCUGUUGUUCUCCAGCGACGACCUGAUGCCGCUGGAAAGCUGGGUCUUCAACACGGAGGCUCACCCGCUUCCUGUUCUCCACCUGGGCAACAUCACGCUGCCCGGCAGCGAGCCGGCUCAGCGGUAGAUGGACAGACCUUUCUCCCUCCGCCAACAGCACCAGGGUGCGCCACAUGUCUGCCCACCUGCCCCAAAAAAACAAAAACAAAAAAAACCACCCACAAACACUGAACAAACUUACAUUCUGAUGUACAGACUCUCAACUGAGUUCGGACUGCAGACAUCGACAGGAGACGGAACGAGAGCCUCCAGCACAGAAGAGAGGUUCUGAGGUUCUCCCACAGGAGAAGAGAGGUUCUCUUCUUCUGUCUUUAAAUCUUUGACUUUUUCUCUCCAUCGCUCUGUCUUCUCUGCUCAGGACGGUGGGUGCGCUGCUCAGCUUCAAGUUCGGCUUGAACAAACUCUUUUCUCUGAAGGACCGAGCUCCAAAGCUGGUGGCUUGACUUGACGUUUUUUGUGUUUUAUUUGACCAAACUUUGCUCCUGCACAGACUGGAGGCACUGCGAGUGCUCUGUGGGGUUUUGUGAAGGACAAUGCAGUCACUUUGACACUGGGCCUAAUGGAGGUGUCAUUUUCUCCACACAGACAGACUCGAGGUCUUUACAGGGUCUGUUAAUAAAGUGUGAUAUAUUUUUUGGGGGGGUGGAAAAAUCCUGAAUGGGGACACAGGGUUGAAUCAAAGCCCUCCGUUUCUCCUGACCCGACCCACUCCCCGUGUGAUGGUUAUCAGAUGAACUUUGACCUGGAACUGUCAGCAGCUCGUCACAUCCUUGGUGUCAGAGUGGGUUGUGGCAAAUCUCCCCACCUCCUCAGAUCCUUGUAUUUUCAGCAAAGCAGACCAGAAACAGCAGCAGGCCUCCCUGCAUCUUCACCACUUCUCAACACCUUCCCACUUUCUCCUCCAGUUGGACACAUCAACCCCAAACCAUUCUGCUGCUACUCGAUUGGAUGCUGCUUUUUUUUUCAUCUCUCUCAUUUUUCUUAUCAAACCAUCUCUUAUUUCAACACCUCUCUCAUCUCUCCUGUCUGCUUCUUUCCCACCUUGUCAUAAAUCACAUCUCAUCAUUUUCACACCAUUCAAGGCUUGAACCCAAACAUGCUUCCAUAGGAGUGUGUGUGUGUGUGUGUGUGUGUGUGUGUGUGUGUGUGUGUGUGUGUGUGUGUGUGUGUGUGUGUGUGUGUGUGUGUGUGUGUGUGUGUGUGUGUGUGUGUGUGUGUGUGUGUGUGUGUGUGUGUGUGUGUGUGUGUGCUGUAAAUCAAAAGUUUGUGCACUUUGUCUAGGAAGAGGGGGGUGGAGGUGUAGCACUGGAAGAGCUGAAUAAACGAAGAUGGCCAAUUCCACAAUUUACUCCUUUCGACCUUGUAUCACUGCUCUGCCACCAAAACUGAAGGCUUCAUUAACCCUCUGUGCUCUUAAAAAUCACAAUCCAUUUUCUCUUCUCUCGUUUCCUUCGUCUUAAUCCCGGCGUCACUCCUCCACCAGAAGAAGAUUUAGAACUUUCAGGACUUUAGUCUCAGGGUUUCACACAUUCUUCUGGAAAGUCUGGCAAAGAAUGAAACCGUAUCUCAUAUCAGUGAAAUAAUUUUGAAUAGAUUUUAAAUCAAAUGUGGGAAAAACUUUUUUUCAUUUUCAGAGAAACAUUCACCUGUGAACCUGCUCCGGGAUCUGACCCCGUUCAUCACAUUGUCCAACAACUAAAUGAAUCAUAUCAUCAAAAACAUCUAGAACAUUAAAACUAUAAAGAAACUGUGGUCGGAGGGAAACGUGUAGUUUCUGGCGUAGACUGUAAAUAAACAUGGACGACACGUCUCCACUUCCACCCUCUGUACAAUGAAGCUAAUAUAUCCCAGACUUGGGCUCCGCCAUCUUUCUCCUUUAACGUUACAUGCACUCGACCAAUCACAGGUCAGUCUCAGCUGAUUGUUUUUUUUUUGUAGCAAAUAACAAAUACUAAUGCUCACAUGGAUGAGUUAUUAUCAGCCACCAGAGGCAAAUACAGAUUUUUUUGGGGGGUUUCACUUUUGGGAACCGUCAUGUCGUCCCUCUUUAAACACAGGCUUUGGGUUUUACCAUGAUUUUAUACCAUUAUGAAGAAUUAUAUAUUACUAAUGUUAUCAUAAUACAGUCAGCUUAAUGAUGGGCUCAGUACACUUGUGCUAUGAACGUGUGUAUUUGUGUGUGUCCGCAACAGAGAGAAUGACGGUGUGUUAAAAAUGUGUUAUUUUCUAUAAGUUCGUCACCAGAUUGUUUGACAUGAAUCUCGUUUCCAAAAUGCGCUGAACCAAGAAGGUUUAUAUCUGGUUUCCUUCUCGAGCCUUAUUUGCAUUUGUGACUCCUUGGGUGACACUGUGCUCUUUAUUUACAUUGUGUUUAUAUGAUGUGUUGUGAUAUAAAAUUCCUGUCAUUGUUUUUAUUUGCACAGAUUGCCAUCUGGCGUGCACAUGGAAUCAAAAUGUUGUCAGAGCCCAAUUAAUGGGGACAGCAGACGAGAAAAAAAAAAAACAAGAUGACAGUUCAAAGUAUCAAAUGAUCACUCCCCAGAAAUUGUAUUAAGAAACCCAGACACUCCCUUUUUCGACCGAAAUGGAAUUUUCUGACAUUCACCCUGUGUGCAGCUGUUUCUUUGGUGAUAAAGACGAUCUGUGUGAUCCAGCACCACGAACCAACAAAUCCCACUGUGCUCACAAAACAGAUUAUAGCUGCAGGAGACCAUCGGAACAUCCGACAGCCGAGAAGGAUACAGAUUAUCAUGAUAACACGAUGUAAUAUUGAAAAGUCAUAGAAUACUAAAGUAAAAGUAAAAAUCCGAAGCACAAGACGUUAUCAGGAACAUGUUUAAUCGUUGUCAGCUGUGAUCAGAAAGAUUUAGGACCUGAUAUGUGAAAACGUCUGCAGCAGUAACCAACUUUUAAGCCAGUUUUUGUAUCACGGUCUGAUCACUUAUUAUCUUGUUAACUUGGCUUUGACCUAGAGUGUGAGAUAAUGUUUUAUCAAUCUUCCUUUUUUCUUCUGUUUAAAAUCAAUAAUGUGACGCAAAAGGCUUCUGCAGUUGGGUUUUUUCUCAAAUGUACGCUCAUGAUUCUUUGCUGCCCAGUUCUUCAUUUCUCUCCCUCAUCAUUCAUCCAACAUCACCUCCAUCUUCCUCUUUCAUCUGAUCUCCAGUCGUCAGUAGCGUUUCAGUUUUGGUUCUCAGCCUCUCUCUCCCCCCACAUGGUCUCUGACAUCACGCCGACAUCAUCACCUCCUUUCUUCCCAAAAGGAGGCAGCCCAAGGAGGAACCCAUGGGCGGCCAACGAGUCGCAGGGAGCGACGUCGCUUUUGAAAAUUGAGUGUUCUGUAUUUGUAUUUUUACUGAACUAAAAAAAAUCAAGUUAAAGUAUCUGUAAAUACGUUUAAAACUGAGACACAAAGUCAAUAAAGAUGUUAUGAAAAUUGA